AUGUCGGAUAACGCCAACACCGUGAAAAACCUCGCAGAACUUAUAUCCAGUUACUCUGAGUCCUACAACCAGAAACUAGGCUUGGGUGCGAGUACUGAGCAUGAAUCAUCAGUGAUCUCAGCGGCUUGUAGGGAACUCGGUGCGUUGGUGGCUGCACCUGAGAAUUGGGUGAACACAGUGGCGGGGUCAUACAAUAACAGCGCUGCCAUCUGUUUGGCGCUUGAUCUCGGAAUCCCAAGGUUGCUUUCACAGAAUCGCUCAGCUUCUCUCGACGCUUUGAUAGAAGCGACGGGAGCUGCACCAUCGCUACUGCGAUGUGUCAUGACACUGUGCGUUGAGAACCGGAUCUUCGACGAGCCUUCGAAGGAGACAUAUGCUUUGAAUGCCAACUCAACAUGCUUGUUGAAUGAGAAUUUUCGCUCGUGGAUCCACUACCUUGUCGACGAUGGCCUGAAAAUGGGAUCUUAUCUCUCUGUUUACGCCCAAAACAACUCUUUCAAAAUUCCGGAUGGGAAGCACAAAACGGCAUUUGAAAUGGCCUUUCAGAGCCGGCGUUUCGACAGCGCAAUGGAGAGGUAUUUCCACCGGUCCACGCAGGCUCCCAUUGAAGACAUUUUCAAUUUCGACGUCUUACGUCCCGGCGCUACUCUGGUAGAUGUUGGAGGUGGUAGAGGUCACCAUUCUCUCCGCCUUGCGAUGCAGUUUCCGCAGAGCUCGUUCACUGUCCAAGACUUCAUGUGUAAGAAGCCAACAAUAAGAGAGGAGCCAGCAAUCGCAGAAGCAAUGUCGAGAGUUACCUGGCAGCAGCAUGACUUCUUUGAGAAACAACCGGUCAGAGGAGCUAGUCUCUAUUUACUCAGCCACAUCCUUAUGGAUCACACAGAUAGGUCCGUCAGACGAUUCGCUGUGUUCUGCACGUGGAACAUCAUUUGUGCUGACGGAUCUUAG